AUGGGUGGUGAAGGCCGCCUCGAAGGCAGCUAUUCUCCCGUCGCUGUUAUCUAUGAGAAUUCUGCAAGGCAAUCUGCCAUCAUCUCGGACCUGCAAAACACCUUUUUUAGAGCCGCCUUUGUUGCUUGGGUACUGUUGCCGCUGGGCAUCGUGGCUUGGGAAUGGGCUGCACCAUCUUGGAGGGCUUCUUGUGAGAAAGGCUUCUCAAAUUUCUCGCUCGUCCUACUGAUAGUGGUAGGACUGCAUCACCUUUACAGCGAGAACUGUGCAUACACAGCACUGACGUCUUUGCUAUCCCAGCCUGAGAUGGUGAUCAUGCGUCACUUCGGAGUAGUUCGGCGACGAAAGUACCUAGUAGCAGUGGGGAUUUGUGAAGCAUUUCUUUUGUUCACAGAUGUGACGUUUCCCUUCGUGGCUAGAGAAUGCGAUGAUAUCCUCACUGAAAACUGGAAGACUGCAUGGAGGGACGUCCCCAUGGUUGGAGAUUUUGCCGUCAAAAUGCUUUCAAAACUGCGAUUCUGGGGCUUCGCACUGCUAUCCUCCGCAACUGGAAUUCUGGUGAACGGAGUGCUUGGUCUCCUGUGCAUGCCUUUCUUGCGAAGUAGAGAUUCUGUCUCCGGAACUGAUUUUGUUGCGUGGGCCCGUGCAGCCGAGACUUCAAUGAUGCCAAGCGUCGCUUUAUUGGCGGAAGAGAUGGCAAAUCAAAAGCGAUAUGUUGUGGACUACAAAGACAAUCCUACAGCACGCCAAGCUCGAAGUGAUUUCAUAUACGGACGCCUCGAUGCGGACACUGCUACCAUGUUUGAGGACUUUAAUCAAAAGCUUGCAGACCAUUUGCAUUUGGUGGAGAGCUUCCAUUUCUUGACUUUGUUGCUGCUAAAGAUCUUUGUUGGCAGAUGUUUGCAACUUUGGAUUCAAGCAUCUUUUUUGGCGAUGGCAUUUCACUCAGAGGGUGCUGGUGCCAAAGACAAGGUGGUUGUCUCUUGCAUCGUUAGUGCUUUGAUCUUGCUACAUCGCGCUGCACAUGGCAUGAAGGCCUUGGGUUGCACAGGCCUUCCAGUCUUGAUCCUGAUUGUUGGCUUCGUGAUUUGGUCUGGGGCCAAAGCCCUUGCAUUUACAUUGUGGAAGAAGUCCCAGUUCAAGGAAUCCAUCAAGCUUUUUCACGAGAUCGAGGACCUCAUAGGUUCUAGUGCAGCACUUUGUGAAAACAUGGGCCACACCUACAGCUCAAUGGGAAACUAUGACGAGGCAGCAAAGUACUUUCAGCGGGCUCUGAAAUGUCUGGAUCAAGAGGUUGGCAAGAAGACCGGAGAUCGGGCAGGAAUUCUGCUUGGACUCGGAUUGAUUGAAGAUCGCUUGGGACACUUUGAGGAGGCUCUUGCUGCUGUUCGAGAGUCACAAGAUCUCUUUCGACAGCGCGCCAAUGGGAAGCCAUCUUCCUUGGUGGCAAAAGCAGGAAUGUCCAUUGCCAAGAUCCUCCUCAAGUUGGCCUUGCAGGAAACCGACGAGCUCAAGAAGCAGCAAAUGGAGGAUGAAGCUAUCGAACGAGAGCGAGAAAACGUUGCUUUCUUCGAGGUCACCUGCGGCGAAGACAGUCCUUUAACUGCGUCAGCUCUGCGAGGAUUGGGUGAAGCAUUGAAACGAAGGGGGAAGACGGAAGAAGCUAUUGAAAGCUUUGCUCGAUCAUAUAACCUGGAGGCUCAAAAAGAUGCCUUCGAUUUGCUAUCCAUCAUGGAGGUGCACAAUCUCCUCUUUGGGGCUCACAUGGAAACGGUGAAGCAUGGGCGCCCAUUGGACCGCGCAAGCUUCCGUUCCUACUUGCCCACAGUUGGUAUCGCCCUGAGAAGGGUCCGGAACAUGCAGCAAGAUGCCAAUGCCGGAGCAUACUACAAGGUGCCUUGCGGGAAAGGAAGCCAGCAGCGCAGCCGUGCUCCAGCACUGGCAUGCGCUUUGCUUUUGCUGGCUUGGCACCUUCCCGGAUCCGACAGCUGGCUGGAGGCAGCUCCAACCAGAUCAAGACCAUCCCGAGUCAAACGAUUUGCGCAGGAGCUUGAUUCUGGCGAAUUUGACUUUGGCGAGUAUGAUGCUCCAAUGGGUGUGUCCGUCAUGGAGGCAGAAGAAGAAGAGAAAGCCGAACUCGCCCCGCCUGAGGCCGAAGUCUUCAUGACCAGAGAAACUGGCCGCUAUGAAUGUCAGAACUGUGGGUACGAGUACAACCCUCUGUUCGGUGAGGGUAACUAUGGCCCUGGAACGCAAUGGAAGGACAUUGAUGACAGCUUCAAGUGCCCACAAUGUCAAGCGCCAAAAGACGAUUUUCAGCCUGUGAUAGAAGAGGUGGCAGGCUUUGCAGAAAAUCAGGACUAUGGCGUUGGUUUCAACACUUGGACGUCAGGUCAAAAGGGUAUCGUCAUUUGGGGAGCUCUGGGCAUUGCGGCCUUUGUGUUGCUGAGUGCAUACUCCUGGGAGUGA